UUUAAUUAAUAACAAAACAUAAUGUUUAUAAAUACAUAUAUAAAAGAUUUUGAACCUUUUAAACAACCUACUAAUAAAACUCACACACGGUUUACUUUUAGUACUCCUGAAGUGUGGCUAAAACGUAAGACACGAAAGAAGAAAAUUGGUAUAAAAUGGAGAAAUAUGUUAAAUGAUUACUCCAUAAAUACUACUUUACAUGGUUUACGAUAUGCUGGAAAUAACAAAUUAAGUGCUAGUGAAAGAGGUUUUUGGAUGAUAUCGUUUUGUUUAGCUGUAAUAACAGCUACUUACUUUAUUGCCAAUCUUUUUCAUAAAUGGAAUGAUAUGCCGGUCAUAAUAAGCCUUUCUCCAAAAGCAACUCAACUUACCAGCAUACCAUUCCCAGCUAUUACAAUCUGUAAUAUGAAUAAUGCUAGAAAAUCAGUGGCACAAGAUAUCAUUGAAACAACGUCAAAUUUUGAAAGUAAUAUUGAUCGUCGUCUACUAAGUGAUUUUUGUGAUGAAGAACCAUUAUUACUUGAUUCAUUAAUAGAUAACCAUACAGGAGAUUGGGAUUCUUUCAAAAAAUUUAUGAUCAGAGUUUCUCAACCAUGUCAUGAAAUGGUUAUUACUUGUCUAUGGGCAAGCAAACCUAUUAAAUGUACAGAGUUAUUUCAUCCAUCUCUUACAGAUGAAGGGUUAUGUUGUUCAUUUAAUAGAUUAAGAUCAGAGUUAAUAUUUAAAAAUCCUAAAGAUGCAUCUGAUUUAAAUGUUACAUUCAAAUAUCCUUCAGCUAAUUGGACUCCUGAAGAUGGAUAUCCUCUUAACACGCCUAUUAAUUAUACACCUUGGAGACCUUUAGGUGCUGGAAACCAUUUAGGUUUAACUAUUGUCCUAGAUGCUGAAGUAGAUGAAUACUAUUGUUCGUCAGAAGUUAGUUAUGGAUUUAAGGUGAUGUUACAUAAUCCCGUAGAAACACCAAAGAUAUCAUCGUUUGGUAGUUAUAUACCCCCUGGCCAAGAAACUUCAGUAGAAAUUCAUCCAUCAGUCGGAAUGGCCACACCUACAUUGGCAUCAAUAUUAAAAGAAAAAAGACAAUGUGUGUAUUCAGCAGAAAAACGUUUAAGAUUUUACAGAACAUAUACUCAAAGAAACUGUAUGAUGGAAUGUGAAGCAAAUUUUACAUUAAAGUUUUGUCAGUGUGUUAUGUAUUACAUGCCAAAAGAUAAUUUUACCAGAAUUUGUGGAAAAAAAGAUGAACCGUGUUCAGAUAGAGCAAAAUUAGCAAUGGAAUUAAGAUUCAGCUCAGAAAUCAUGAAUAUGAAUUCAUUCUUGAAUGGAACAGAUUUAUCUAGUUGUACAUGUUUACCAGGAUGUCACUGGACUGGGUAUAAUAAAGUACAAUCUUCAACACCUUUGUCAAGUAAUUACAAAAUUAAAGAAACAUAUUUAAGUGGACGAAAUAUCACAUACUUUAAAAAAAAUAUGGCAGUAGUACAUUAUUUUUUUGAAGAAACUCAAUUUACUGGUUAUACAAAGGGAGAAUUAUUUGGUUUCACUGAAUUUUUAUCCAACACAGGAGGACUUCUUGGAUUAUUUAUGGGGUUUAGUUUUCUAAGUGCAAUUGAAAUAAUUUAUUUUGUUACAUUACGAUUAUGGUGUUCAUUAAAAAGAAAAAAAAGAAUUGCAUUUGAUUAACAACUGUUUAAACAAAUUAUAUAGAAGAAAAAAUGGUAAUAAUAUAAUAGAUUUGUAGACUUAC